AUGGGAAGUAGGAAGGAAAAAGGAGUUCUUUUAUCUCUCUCUCUCUCUCUCUCUGAUGUUCCAGGCUGCUUCCCAGAUACUGCCAGUACAAAAUUGGAGCAAGUUCAGACUUCAGAAUUUUUAACGAAUUCAAUUAACCACCAAAUUAUGGAGCAGGUAGAAAUGGAGAUGGAGGACCUGCAGUUGAGUUCAGAGGCUAUGGAAGUGGAAGAUGAUUGUUCGGAUAUCAGACUCCGGCUGAUUGAUUUAUCCGAUAUUGAUGAUUUAGUGGAGUGGGUUAUGGAUGAAAAGGUUAGUAAAUUCUGCUCCUGGGAUUACUUUCCCUCCAAAGAGGCUGCCAUGAACUAUGUUGCCAAUGUAAUUAUUCCUCAUCCAUGGCUCAGGGCCAUAUGCCUGAAGGAUAAGCCGGUUGGUUCCAUUUCUGUGACUCCGUUCCAGGGCAAUGCACAAUGCAGGGGUGAAAUUGGGUAUGUAUUGGCAUCCAAGUAUUGGGGUAAAGGAAUUGCCACUAAAGCAGUAAAAUUGGUAGCUUCCACCAUCUUUGUUGAGUGGCCACAUCUUGAAAGGCUCGAGGCUCUAGUGGAUGUUGCAAAUGUAGGGUCGCAAAGGGUAUUGGAGAAGGUUGGUUUUAGCAAAGAAGGCGUUCUGAGAAAGUACUGCCUUCUCAAGGGGAAACCAAGAGACAUGGUUAUGUUUAGCCUUCUCUCUACUGAGUCCCAAGGUGACCAUUUUUUGUAG